UUAAGAUGCAGUGAGGGAGAGGAGAAGGGGGCAUCAGUGCAGAUAGAAAGAGAGAGAGAGAGAGAGAGAGAAAGAGAGGGAGUCGGUCUGACUGUGUUCUGCUGGCAAGAAGAAGCUGGGGUUCAGUCUGGCUGCAUCACAGGAGACACAGAGCCCGCAUAUCCCGAGCUGCCUGUCGCAGGUGAAACGCAAUGAAGAAGCUCCUAGCUCAGUGAAGUUGCCAUUGUAUCCAUACGGGAUUAAUGGACCUCUACUGUGGCCCAAAGGACAUGAUUUUAUAUCCAUCACUUGUACGAUGACAAGCAUGAUUUACCUGACUGUAAUGAGCAUUUUGUAUUUGCCUGUAUUGCUCUUUGAGGCAUUCGUUUUGUCCAAAGGAAAAUAUGAAAGGUCAGUUGUCCCAAGCUCUGCCUCUCGCCUGGUGGCGCGAAUGGAUGGGGAUGUUAUCAUAGGCGCCCUGUUUUCUGUACACCACCAGCCAUCGGCGGAGAAGGUAGCAGAGAGGAAAUGUGGAGAAGUCCGUGAGCAGUACGGCAUUCAGAGAGUGGAGGCCAUGUUCCACACCCUGGAUCGCAUAAACUCGGACCCCAACCUGCUACCAAACAUCACCCUCGGCUGUGAGAUCAGGGACUCCUGCUGGCAUUCCUCUGUGGCCCUGGAGCAGAGCAUUGAGUUUAUACGAGACUCUCUCAUCUCCAUCCGGGACGACGCGGAAGGCUCUAAGUGGUGCAUUGAAGGGUCACCCUCGAGUCAGCCGCCUUCAACUAAGAAACCCAUCGCAGGAGUGAUCGGCCCCGGCUCUAGCUCAGUUGCCAUUCAAGUCCAAAACCUUCUGCAGCUGUUCAACAUCCCACAGAUUGCCUAUUCAGCAACCAGCAUUGAUCUCAGUGAUAAGACAUUGUUCAAGUACUUCCUCAGAGUUGUGCCCUCAGACACUCUACAAGCCAGAGCCCUGUUGGACAUUGUGAAAAGAUACAACUGGACCUACGUGUCGGCAGUACACACAGAGGGUAACUAUGGCGAGAGCGGGAUGGAAGCGUUCAAAGAGCUCGCCUCCCAGGAAGGCCUCUGCAUCGCUCAUUCUGACAAAAUCUACAGCAACGCCGGGGAGAAGCACUUCGACCGGCUGCUCAGAAAGCUGCGGGAGCGUCUCCCCAAAGCCAGGGUUGUUGUCUGCUUCUGUGAAGGCAUGACAGUCCGCGGGCUGCUCAUGGCUAUGAGGCGGCUCGGAGUAGCAGGAGAGUUCCUCCUAAUUGGCAGUGACGGCUGGGCAGACCGCGUUGAGGUGGUGGAGGGAUAUGAGCAUGAGGCUGUUGGUGGCCUCACCGUGAAGCUGCACUCUGAAGAGGUCUCCUCCUUCGACAGCUACUUCCUAAAGCUCAAGCUCAGCACAAACACACGCAACCCAUGGUUCCCGGAGUUCUGGCAGCACCGCUUCCAGUGCCGCCUUCCCGGACACCCGCAGGAGAACCUGAACUACGCACGCAAUUGCUCAGAGGAUGAUGAUCUAGGUUAUGAAAGUCUUGAAGACAACUAUGUUCAAGACAGCAAGAUGGGCUUUGUCAUCAAUGCCAUCUACGCCAUGGCGCACGGUCUGCACGACAUGCACUCCCACCUCUGUCCUGGCCACGUGGGGCUGUGUGAUAACAUGAAACCCAUCGAUGGGAGCCACUUGUUGGACUUUCUACUCAAGACCUCCUUCACAGGAGUAUCUGGAGAGGACAUAUGGUUUGAUGAGAAUGGAGACUCACCUGGAAGGUAUGAGAUCAUGAACUUCCAGCAUGUGGAGCCUGGAGUUUAUGACUACAUCAACAUCGGCUCCUGGCACGAGGGCAUGCUGAGUCUCGAUGAGGAGAUGAUCCAGAUGAACAGCAGUGACAUGGUCCGCUCCGUCUGCAGUGAGCCCUGCUCCAAAGGAGAAAUAAAGGUUAUAAGAAAGGGAGAGGUGAGCUGCUGCUGGAUUUGCACUGCCUGCAAAGACAAUGAAUAUGUGCAGGAUGAGUUCACAUGCAAGGCCUGUGAGCUUGGCUGGUGGCCUGACGAAGAACUGGAAGGUUGCGAGCCAAUCCCCCUGCACUACCUGGAGUGGAGCAAUCCAGAGUCCAUUAUCCAGGUCGUCUUCUCCUGCCUGGGCAUCCUGGUUACGUCGUUCGUCGCCUUCAUCUUCGUCUUGUACCGUGACACGCCUGUGGUGAAGUCCUCCAGCCGGGAGCUCUGCUACAUCAUCCUGGCAGGGAUCUUCCUGGGAUACCUGUGCCCCUUCACCCUCAUAGCGCGACCGACGGUGGCUUCCUGCUACCUCCAGAGACUUCUCGUCGGCCUCUCAGCUGCCAUGUGCUACUCUGCCCUUGUGACCAAAACCAAUCGCAUCGCUCGCAUCCUGGCGGGCAGCAAGAAGAAGAUCUGCACCAGGAAGCCGAGGUUCAUGAGCGCGUGGGCUCAGGUGGUCAUCGCCUCCGUGCUGAUCAGCCUUCAGCUGACUUUGGAGGUUACGCUCAUCGUCAUGGAGCCUCCUGAACCAAUCAAAUCCUAUCCCAGCAUCAGAGAAGUCUUCCUCAUCUGCAACACCAGCAACCUUGGUGUCGUGGCGCCGCUGGGAUACAACGGUUUGCUCAUCAUGAGCUGCACCUACUACGCCUUUAAGACCCGCAACGUUCCCGCCAAUUUCAACGAGGCCAAGUACAUCGCCUUCACCAUGUACACCACCUGUAUCAUCUGGCUGGCGUUUGUGCCCAUCUACUUUGGCAGCAACUACAAGAUCAUCACCACGUCCUUCUCCGUGAGCCUGAGCGUGACUGUGGCUUUGGGGUGCAUGUUCACGCCAAAAAUGUACAUCAUCAUCGCAAAGCCGGAGCGGAACGUGCGCAGCGCGUUCACCACGUCCGACGCCGUGCGCAUGCACGUGGGAGACGGCAAGAUCGCCUGCCGAAGCAGCAGCCUCCUCAACAUGUUCAAGAGGAAGAAGAACGCAGGGAAUGGCAGUUCUAAUGGAAAGUCUGUGUCAUGGUCUGAACCAGGUGCAAGACAUCCUCCCAAAGGGGAUCAUAUGUGGCACAGACUGUCAGUGCAUGUGAAGAGACAGGAAGCAGGUUCCAAUCAGAUGGCUGUCAUCAAACCCUUAACUAAUACCUACCAAAACACUGCCCGGGAGUUCUCAGACCUAAGCACUAAGACUUUGUACAACGUGGCUGAGGAGGAUGAAAAUGACCCGCUCACUUACAGCUCGCCCGCCACUCCCCCAAUGAUGGCCCAUGGGCAGAUGCCCGCCUGUGACAUGACAAAAGAGACGGCCGGGGACGUAGAGCUUUAUUCCCCGGAGCCUCUCCAGCAAAAUAGCAUUAUCCCUCAACAUGGCAUCAUGGACCACCUUCAGGAGGAGAUUGUUCUGAGUAAAUUCAGCAGCGACAUCAGUGAGCUCAGUGAAGAUGUUCGUAUGCCUCAGGCUGUGUCAGGCAUGCCAGUGUACCACCAGGCUCACCUCAUCCAGCAGGAACCCAUCCUGCCUGUCCAUCUCGACCCAUUUGAUGAGGAGCCCGUCUCCCCGUUAGAGGAGGAAGACGGGAUGGAGAACGAGCAGUUUGGCCUCCUUCAGGGUUACAUGUACAACAACGCCCAGAUUCACAACGAAGAGGACUUGAUCGAGGUCAAAUUAGCUAUGGAGGACUCCGUCGCCCUGAUGCCUCCCUCCCCGUUCCGUGAUUGCUCUGGUACCCCAGUGAGCCCGUUUCCCAACUCGCCAGUGUCCGAGUCCAUCUUGUGUACACCUCCAAAUGUGACGUAUGCCUCUGUCAUUCUAGGAGACUACAAGCAGAGCUCCUCAACUCUGUGAGUUAAUGCCCUAAACAUUAAAAGUUCUGCUAUAUGUUCAAGUUUACAUCAACAUGCGCUGUAUGUGCUAAUAUAUAAGGAAAAAGUAACUGUAUGGUCGUUUUCACUCAGUAACUUUUACUUAAGUUCCGACAUUUUAUAAGAAUUACAUACGCUGUAUGCAGUAGUGAAAGAUUUUGGAUCUUGCAAAGAUGCUGUAUAUUUCUGAAAUAAGGUUUUACACUGAAGUAGACUCUGCCUUUAUUUGACAAUUAAAUAAGAUUGCCAGUGGAUACAUGUACACAUAUUUAUUUAAAGAAAAAGAUUUUUAACCUGUUGUGACUAUAGUUUCAGUAUAAGACUAUUCACUUUGACACAAUGCUAAACAAUGUGUUUUCUGUUUACGCAUUGUAACUUCUGACCUUCAUCAGAUAAAAGGAGGCGUAAAGCAGCUGUUGGAUGUUAGACUGUCACAUUUAUGUUAUUGUAGAAUUUUAUGAGGAGAAGAAAAAGCUGCUCGUGUAAGUUUCAGACAAACAACAGUGCAGCCAGGUUGCAAACAUUCUACAUUAGCUUAGCAUAAAACCAGACAAAGACAAAAAAAAAAAAAAAACAUCCUUACAAAAAGGGUUAAAGCCUGCGGCUCCAAUCAGCUCCCAUGCAGACUAACUUCUUUACCAAGAUGCGCUUUCUGUCAACAGUGAGCUGAAAUUUUGUUUUAAUCACUUGGUAAUAGAACAGUGGUUCAGUUUCCCUCUUCGCUAAUGCAUGCACCCAUUUUGUACCUAUAUGUUGCCAUUUUGUCACUUUUGCAAUCAGAUUGUAGCAGAUCAGGCUUUUAUUUUUUUCAUUUGUGGCCUGGUAUUUUCAACAACUAAGGAGAUCAACAGUCUUAAAAUGCUCAAUUCUCACAUAUAAUUUGAUUUUCCUGUAAUUUAUGUGUCUUAAAAUUCUAAACUUUUACUUUAUUUCUAUUGUUUCUGACCUCUUUUUGGACCAGUUGACUUGUCAAGAAUGUCUUAUUAUAUCCCUGAUCAAACAAAUAACAAUGACUGGCCUCGCGUCGGUAGAUAUUAUGCAUCAAAGUCAUAUGAGCAUAUUUCCUUACGGAAGGGUAUAUUUAGAAUAUAGAAAAUAAUAUAAACUUGCUAACUGUCCAAGCUUGUACAAAACGUCUAACUGCGGGGUAGGAAUUGACACAUAUCCUGUGCAUAACAUUUCGUGUUAGAAAGCGCCAUUAAAAAAACUACUUACAAAACAACCAUAAAAAGCAUGAAACAAUAAAAAGACACAAUGUCCCAUAUCUAGAUCUGCAAGAUGGGUUGGUUGUUCUCAAUUUUAAAUGUUCAAAAUAAAUGUACAAUGCUUGUCACAGCAUUGAAAAUUCUUCUUUUUUUACUGUUUUUAUCAAAUUAUAAAAAAUUAUUUUAAUAUCAGGAAAAGAAGGGCUAAGUAUGUACAAAAUGCCAUUUUCAAAUCAUGAUCCUUACCAUCCAAACUAACUUAGUCCUCUGUAAGAAUGUAAUUGCCUCAACAACUGCCAACAAGCGUUUGUGGCGACUGGCAAUGAUUAAUCUACAUCACAGUGAAGUAAUAAUUUUUGCCCACUUAUCUUUGUAGAAUUGCAUUAAUUCAGCCAUGUGAGUGGGUUUUUGAGUACAAGUGGCCUUCUUAACGCCUUCUCACAGAUAAUUGUCUUGCAACAAAACCUUAAGGUCAAGAACAAGAAGAUGGCAUCAGCCAUCUUCUAUGUUUCUAGUUAGAAAAGCUAAUCAGGAAGGCCAGCUCUGUCCUAGGACUCAGUGAAGGCGGUGGAAUAUGAAAGGACUGUGGCAAAAAUCCCUUCUCUGUGGGACAGUGUCUCCCACCACAUGCAUGAAACAAUUGCAGAACUGGAAAACGCCUUCAGUUACAGACUCCUGCAUCCUAAAUGCCCAAAGGAACAGACUCUAUAAGCAUCACUGCUCCAAACAAACUUAAUAACUAUUUAUAUCCCUGAUCUUUUUGCACAUUUGUUUCAUUCUUGUAAAUAGUCUGCUUUUAAUGCAUAAAUAUACGUAGUUUCCUGAAUUUCCCCAUUGUGGGACAAUAAAUAUACAAGUUUUGCACCCUUUUUUUUUAAAUUGCCCUACUCGGUUACACACUUAUCAUUUGUUUAGUUUUUUAUUUCAAAUAACAAAUAACUGUACAGUAUUUUUCUUAUGUUGUAAAUUUGCCAUUAGCUUCUUAUUCUUUUAUUUUUAUUUUAUUUUAUAAGGUGUGUUUUUGUCCCUUUGUGAUGGUGUAAGUCUUUGACUUAAAUUUGGGGGACCUGGGUUCAAAUACAUGUUGUGUCAAGAAGGACAUAUGGCAUAAAGACUCUGCCAACUCUGUGUGCAAGUUGUAAUGACCCUGAAUAGGGAGCAGUCAAAGGUACUCUCUCAUUCUUGUCUGCAUGCUUAUAUUUGUGUUUCCUUUUACUGCUGGUACACCUAAAUUUCCCCACCAUGGGACAAUACAGGAUAGUUCUAUUUCUAAUUGUGAAGAGCUGAAUUCAUGCUUCUAUCAAUCCCAAGAAGUUGUCCAGUUCCUAAACCAGCAAUCCAGCCCAUGAGCAUCAAAAUAAUAUUAUUCUGAAUUUAUGUGUUAGUUUUACGCCAGAUAAGAUGGGACACCUUCUAAAAGGUUCCACUAUCAUCUCAAUAAUCAGUAAAAUAUUUAUCACUCACUCAUUCCUCUGGUUUUGUCCUUAGAACUGUGCCGUGGAUACGUUUUUUUGUUUUUUUUGCCCAGGUUCUGUCUCACCAAUUUUAACUGAGGCGAGUGAGGCCUGCAGUAUGCCUGUGCUAAUUCUCAGUCAUCACAACAGCAAACAGGCUUAUAUCGGAGGCAACCGGACUUUUGAAAGUCCGAUUUAAGCCUGUUUGCUGAGGCCUGCAGUACUUUAGAUGAUGCUCUUGGUUCUUUUGUAACCUCCUGGAUGAGUUGUCGAUGCGUUCUUGAAUCCAAACAUAGGAAGGCUCACUAAUAUUUCCUGGUUUCUCCAUUUGUGGAUCAUUGCCUCAAUUCGACUCUCCGACAUAGCUACCAGUGUCUUAUAAAUGGCUGUGUAACUCUUUCCAGACCGAUAAUGUCAAUCAGCUUGUUUUCCCAUCUGUUCUUGAAUUUCUUUAGGUCUGGACGUCACGUGUUAGUCUUGGUGAUCUUUCACCCUACUUUAAUAAAUUUCUAUUUUGAAUAUUUCUUGAUUGUGCAGGUUUAGCAGUAGCUCAACCUGGGGUUUGCUUUGGAAAUUUAGCAGAAAAAAUGUGGUAAUAAUAGCUACUUCAUGAUUUACACGAGUGCAGUUAUUUAUUUUUUUUUCACAGUGGGCUCGAUUUGUUUGGGUAGCUUUUAAAAAAAAGAGUUAAAAAUAAAACUUUUUGUAUUACUCUGUUCAUGUUUGUCACAUGUUAAAUUUGUUUGACAAUCUAAAAAAUGGGACAAAAAGGAAAAACACAAGUAAUCUGUGGGGGGAAAAGCACAUUCUCACAGUGCAGCAUUCAUUUAAUUAUCCUGAAACAAAAUCCACUGAGUUUGCAUGUUUUGCAGUAGCAUCAAUUUAUUUUGCUUGCAUAACUAAUAAUAACAUCACAUUGACAUGCCAUUUCUAUUUAUUAUGAUCACAAGAUAGCUGCUUUUUUUAUUGUAGCUAAAUGUGAUUAGGAAAAAACUGUCACAUUUUUAACACGUGGAUUUAUAAUCUGCUAAAUUCUGCUUGCACUAGUUGCUGAAUGUUUUGAUUUGUAAACUCUUUGUAUAUUUUUCUGUUACCUUUGAACAAAGUCUGGUUUAGUCUAGCUUUAUGCUAAGCUAAGAGAUGCUAUGCUAGAUUGUGGAUGUUAUUCCUCCUUUAGCAUACACUAAGACAUAUUAUGCCAUUUAAAAUUUCCCUGAAAUUUUGAACUAUUGCUUUAGUGAAUGUGUUUAAUGGUUUUAAAAUGCCAAAAGAACAUUUUUUUUCUUCCUUUUCAAAAAUGUUUAUCUAUUUAUCUUGUUCCACGUGACUGUAUCAUGAAUGUAGCAGGGGACAACUUCAAGUGCCACAUUUUCAUUCAAACCUUUUCUUUUAUACGUUUAACACAUUUCUAUUGUCUUGAAACAUGUGCAAAACAAGCAUAAAAUUUGUAUCUUUUAUAAUAAUACGUCCUAUGUCAGAGAUCGAUAUUAUAUCUAGUUAAAUGAAGUACAUUUGUUUCGUGAAUGUAUGAAUUGUGUAUCAUAUUUUGGUAUUCAGAUUGUAUCUAUAUGUGUUACAGUAUUACAGUAGAGAGAAUACUUUAGCCGUAAAACUUUCUGGUUUAUAACAAUUUCUAAAAUAUUUAGACUCUCAAAGUCUAUCUCGGUUAGAUAAUAAGAGAAGUGCUUCUGUUACCAUUAGUAACCAAGCUAUUUUCAGGUCAUGCCAUAUAAAUUCCACAGUGACACUGUAUGUAUUAUUGGCAAUCAUUUGAACUAUACUUGUCAAAAUGGAGUGAAUUAAAACUUUUUAUGCUUUUUCUUGUCUGUGUUUCAUGAUGAGCAGCCGUGCAGCUCUCUGAGCUAAGGCCCCAAUCUCUGACCAUUGUUUUAAUCAAUAAUUCAAAGCCCUGUUUGUUUGACACCAGAUAGAAGAUUGCAUGCAAGGUGGUCAUAAAUGAAAUAAAGAGAUUUGGAGACAC